AUGUAUGAUUACGCACCUCACUUAAAAUUGUUCCUUUUUGUAGUGACCACAGCAAAUGGCAUGGUUCAAAAAAACCUUGCUAUCCUUCAGAAUACAACUAAGCCAAUACCCGCCAGUGUAUUCUCCUACAGAUUUGCUUCUCCGACAAGCAACCAGACUCCUUACUAUGUGUCGUCAGAUAUAGUGCUGAGGUAGGGAAUACCAAUUGUAACAAGAAUUUAUUUGUUAUACAUUUAGUACCAUACUAAAGCCUUUGUGGAGUGACGUGAAGGAAAAGAUACUUCUAAUGAACCUAGUGGCCCAAUUCUACUAGCUUUUUUUCAUUUUCCUAUGGUAUGAAGGGACUAGUAGUACUGUAAAUCUUCCUGGAAGAAAAGCCUGUGUAGUGUGGGUUACGUUCCCUGCAAUCUAUCAAGUUUCCUAGUUAGCUGUUAUCAGUACCAGUUUACACUCCUGGGCCCAAUCAUUCAAAGGGAAGAUAACGUUAUUCAGUGGACAAUCAAUAACAAAAUGCACUGCACUAUCUGUUGGAUAGAAAUUUAUCCAGUGCACAGUGUUAUUCGUCCUUAGAACAACUGUGUCGUGGUACAGUAAGUUUAAAGUUUAUUGACCAAGACUACAACAGAGUGCCACAGAUAGGCCUUAAACCUGGCCUUCUCAACUAGGGGUCUAAAUUUGAUUGUAAAGUAUGAUCUUUCUGUUGAGGGUAUUAAUGAGAAGAACUGUUUAACAAUCCUGGCAGAGGUCUUCAUCAGAGUCUAAUGAAGACUUUUUGUCAGUGCAGUGUGAUAUUUCUGGUUUGUAUGUUCUGAUUGGUCAGUGUUGCUGUGGUGCUAUUGGCUGUGAAACCAAAGUGGUGCAAGACAGUCUAAUCAUUACCAAAAACUGUCCAUCUCAUUUCUAGCAGUACCUUCACUGAGGGGAUUAGACUACACAAUCAAAUUUUACCCUUGGGUUAAAACUAUCUACUGCAUGUAGCUUAGAACCAACUUGGAGUUAUAUUUUAAGGUGCUAUAUUCAUUUUAAACCAGCUAUUUUGAAAUAACAGACUGAUUUUUCUUAAGUGAUGAAGAAACACCCUAUGAAGUUUAGUUUUUUUCGUUCCCAAACAUGUCGUUUUGAGUUAAAAAUCUUACUGAUUGUCUUUAAUUUGAAUCAUUUUAUAAAGUGGGGGCAUCGCCCAGCAGACCAGGAGAAGGAUUGUGCACAAUGAAGGUAAAAUUAAGUUUCACUUUACAGGAAGAAUUGCACUGUAGACAUAUUAGCUCCUCUUUCCAAUUCAUUUUUUAACAUAUUUUAUUAGUAAGUCUAACACAUAAAAAUGUUAUACAUGGACUCACAAGAAAUUUUGUAAUGAGAAAUUCAAGCUCUAGAAUACUCCUUUCUGCAUCAAUUCAAGACAUUCAAGUGAACUUCUUUAAGUGCCACAUGACAGGGCUCGAAGUUAACUUUUUGGUCGACUAGCAAAGUUUUGCUGGUAAGAUUUUUUUCCACUAGCAAACUGGUGAGACCACUAGCAAAUUAUUUCCUUUUGAAAUGUCAAUGACCAUAUCUGAUAAAAAGAUUAGAAUUGAUAUUUUGCACAGGCUAUUAAUGAGCUGAAAAGUUUUAUAAAAAAAGUGGUAAAUGUUUGGUCUCCUUUGUCGUUGUCCUGACAACCACCACCUCUCUACUGCAUGUUUGGGAGACAUGGAUGAUUCUAACUAACAAACGUUUGCUAGUGGAAAUUUUUCUCACUCGCAGAUUAACAAAAUCACUCGCAUUUUGCCAGUUUGCAAGCUUUAAUUUCAAGCCCUGCAUGAGUUUUCCUUUCACUAUGAAAGAACCAUUUUUGCUGUGCUCUGCCAACUUCUUCUUAUAAUGUUCAUGCAUUAUCCAGCAUAGGUAAUGAGAAUACUAAAAAAAUGAGUUAGAAGUUGUUAUCUUGAUCUAACACCAAAUUCUUGUUAUUAAUUUACAAGGAAAUGUUCAAAAGCUAAUAGGGAAUUAACAAUCAGAUCUUUGGAGUAAAAAGGGUCAAGUUCUGUACAUAAAUGAACUUAGUUGGUACAUUGCUUCUGGUUUAUUUUCAGUGGAACGAAGGCGGAAAGGCAAAAUAAAUAACUGGAUACUGAGGCUUGCAAGUGUUGUACCACAGUGCAGCUGGGGAAAGCAGGUAUAAAAAAAACCAAAUGAACUGAAUUUGAGGAGGUCUCCAACUCAAGCAUGUCAAACAGAUUUCUGAAAGAAAAUUACAGGCUGCAGGGGUUUUUUAAGGGCUGGGCUACAGGCAAAUUGACCAGCUGUGAAGAUGACUUUUCCCAGCAACGUGAGCUUUCAAAAUCUUUCUGAAGAAUUUAAUUUCUACAUUUUUCUUUUCUAAGAAAGUGACUACCUAGGGGGAGUAAGCAUCUUUGAGCUUUCUGUACAACAUGUGUGGGUGCAAAUCCAAAUGCCUGCCCUGCUCCCAACCGCAAUGAAAUCCUUGAAUCUUCAAGAACUUUACCUGUUCCCUGCCACCAUGUCCUUCAUUGAGCCCAAUUAAUGCCACACUUAUCUAAUUUAAACAAAGCUCAUUGCCGCCGUGUUAUUUGGAAUGAUCCAUAUCAUUUCUUUGAGGGCAGAAAAUGCUUGCAUCUUCACUUUGUAUUGAUUACUUUAAAUAAAUUAGCCUUCUUUUUUCCAGAGCAAAAACAUUGUGCUCGAAAAGACAGUUGACUACAUCAACGAUGUCAAAACCCAACUGAAGGAGUUAAAUGAUUUGCAACAAAGAGAACAGAAACUUGGUAAGAAAGUUUCAAUCUUCCCCUUUUUGGGAACUUUUGUGAUAUUACUCUGAACCAUUUUAUCAGGACUUUCUGAUAGGUUCCUUAACGUGGGAAAAAACAUUCCAAACCUCUUUUCCUUCAUACGUGUAUUUCAUAUUCAGUUUGUUUGCUUUCGAUUGAGUGUUGAAAAUCAAAACCUGAAGAUAUCAAAAUGGCCAAUCAGAACAUAAGAAAUACUGCAAGGAGCCAAUCAGAAUGAAAGUUAAAACGAGCACCUUGCUUGAAGCGCGGGAAAACGCGAAAGACCAAGUUGCAACUGUUUCGCUACUGAUUGGUCAAGAGGUUGGUGUGUGUUUUCUAGACCAAUCACAGAAAAACAUAAUGCAAAACCAAUGCAAUGCGUAACAUUUUGGACACUUAAUUGACAAUUUCUUCAUAUUUAUUUUCUGAAAAUAUUCCUUGUGAGAUGUAUGGUAUGUAGAAGAUGUGAUAGCUUUGUGAUUAGCGUGCUGCACUCCGGGGGCAAGCCCCUGGCCAGGUUUUUGUGUUGUGAUUUUGGGCAAGGCACUCUACUCCUGCAGUGCUUCUCUCCAUAUUGGAGUAGUAAUGGGUUCGAGCGAACUGCAAGGGAUUCCUGACAAAAUGCGAAGGAAGGGGGGUGGGGGUGGGUAACCUGCGAUUUCCUUGCACUCCAUCAAGGAAGAGUGGCUGCGCAAUUUCGAGUCGCUUCUUGGUACAGUUUUGGUUCUACGCAUGUCUACUCCUUACAAGAGGAGAGAAAGAGUCCUUUGUACUUACAUGAUGUUUUCUGCUCCUUUUAAUGAAAUUCAGCUCAAGAAAAUGAACUCCUAAAAACCAGACUUGGAACGGUGACCAAGGAAAACAAACAGCUACGAGAUUUGUUAAAGAAAAAUGAUAUAGUGCUUCCUGGAAAUUUUCCAUCAACACCAAACGCCCUAUCAGCGUCAGAAGCGGUCACAUCAGGUACAGCUGAUACCCCUGUGACUGUGUCCGCAGAGGCGCCAAACAUAGCAGAACUGUCCACCAUGGCUGCAUCCAAUCCAUUACAUGUAUCAGCUCAGACAGUGACUAACUAUGUAGUUCCUUCUGUUUCCACGACUACAGCAGCUGUCAUGAACCAGCUUCCAAUAACCUCAAUUGCUAUUUCAUGUCCGGCGAGAGAGCAAUCGAGGAGAGAAUCGGUGGCGUGUUUAGUGCCGUUUACCAUGACAACGAACCCAAUAUCUUUAACAACAACAACAACGUCUGUCGUUUCCCCAAUUUUGUCAACCUCUGUGGUACAAGCCUCAGCGAUGUCUGUAAAUGCGCAGAUCAGUGGACACAACCAUUAUCAGCCGCUGUUAGGCCAAGUUACAACAACAAGUGUUUGCCAGCACAGUCCAAGCAUUCCCACUCAACCUGCGCUGAACCACGUACAAGGAAAUCUAAGUAGUUUACCGAAUCCAAAUCCCAUUUCAAAUGCCCCAGUUACGCAAUUUACCACUAACUUAGGUUAUCCUUUAACUCAGCAAGCUUUGCAAACUGUAAGCACUUCCUCACAAGUUUUUCAACCCCAAGCAGGAUACUCCCAGCACAGUGUAGCUGCCAUUAUGAAAGUUGCCCUUCAGCCGGGGACAUCCGUAUCUCCCAUUAGUGUGGUGAACGCCGUUCCUCUCGUUGCUACAUCCUCAGGACACAACACCAGUGCCAUCUUAAAUCUUCCUCCCGCUGUGAUCAACUCAACCACUGCCGUUCCAAGCGCGAUUGUGGUGCCUUCGUCGGUACCCAUGACUCUUCCAGUGUCCAACAACCUCGCGACUGCGCACUCUGGAGUCGUCAAUACUGUUGAGUCACAGACAAGCAGCUUACCAACAAUUUAUGUCACUGCUGCUCCGCGCCAGACUGCAGCUGUCGCUAAGGUGAACAGUAAAGGAAAUUCGUCACGGCUUAAAACGUCAAAUGAUACAAGUAAGGGGCAAACAGGAAAUAAGACAAAAAAAUCAGGGCCUGCGAACAAGAAUCCCAAAAAAUCUACCUCUUCAAGUCGAACUCAAAACGCAAAGAGAAAUUCUCAAAUCAAAGCCCCGUCUAAUGGCGGCAAAACUGGUUCGUUUACAAAUAAACGUGCAACUGAACAUUUGACUGAUUCAAGUGAGGCUCCCGUAGCAAAGAGAAACAACGCUUGUGGCUCUCAAGAGUCUCAGGGAAAUAUAAGUAUUUGUCAACCCCAGCAAGAAAUUAUGACAAUACACACUUUCAACGUGAAUGCUUUAAUACCAGGAAUAGCGUCUCAAGCGUCUGUCCCGACUAGCACUAUUGCUACAGUUGUUCCUAAUAGGACAGACUGCGGUGGAAUCGGUAAAACUACUAAUCAGGUCUCUAGUUUGGGAAUGAGUCAGAGUGUUCAGGUACCUCGUUUGUCGCACAGUAUUGCCUCUUUAGCAGGGUUACCCAGGAGCAUGGGGCUUUCACAAACCUCUUCAGACCUUCAACAGCAUCAACACGUUCCCCAGCUUGGGUCUGCUGGCAGCCUAAGCUUCUCAGCCGAGUCGCUACUUGCUUCAAGUGAAGUCGUCUUGCCAAACAUUCCUCACAUAACAACCACUUCUGUCAAUUCUGAAAAUAACCCUAGCCAUCCUAGUGGUUUAAACAUGGCAAUGUCAUCAUCGAUGCACAGCACACCCAGUGAUCAAAACCACACCCAAGGGUUUUCAAAUUACUCUGCAGAGACGCUUAUUGGCGGGAAUGACCUGAUGAGUGACUCGGUCAUGUCACAGGAAUCUCAACUUCAUACUCGACCGUCCAGGACAACCUAUUCAGACUUCUCCGCCGAAUCUUUGAUUGGCUCCAGCGAUUUAAACUCGGGGCUGUCUUACGCAAUAGACAAUCUCAUUUCUUCACGCUCGGAUGCGAAUUACAACAGCACCGCUAUGGUGUCUGUGAACCCAAACUUGCUUCAUUCUGUGAAGGCAAAUGUCGGCCAAGAAACCGGUGCGAAUCAUUUACGAACGAUGGCGAACAUCGCGGAUCUUGGCGAACAGAAAACAACAUUGUGUAGUAGUCAACCAACGGUAAUGUACAACAAUCCGUUGCCAAACAGCACAUACGGAAUAGCAGCGACAAAUUCCUCACCUCAGUUUACGUAUGUACAUAAUAGCUCUCAGAGAAGAUCUACAGACAGCGUAACGCCACAACAUCAAACUGUUAAUGUGACAAACAAUGUCUCCGUCGCGCCAUCCACUAGUUUUUUAAAACAUUCCGUGGACAGUAUCACAUCUUCAUUAUAUGCGGUUAGUAACGCGGGCUCAAGUUUCUCCGUGGGGUCAAAUACGGUUUCUGGAAACUCGUUUCCAGGAUCCGGCUCGUUCGGAGUGGAGUCUCUCACAGGAAACCAGCUUUCUUUUGGUUCGUUGCCAAACCCUUUUUCACCGACAAGACCUUUUUUCAAUCAUAGCUCUACUAUGGGAAGUUUCGUGUGACUUAUUGUGUUCUUCGAAUUUUCUUCUCAAAGGCGGACCAUGUCCUAUGGGCUCGUACUGCAUUACCAUGUGACAUGACAACUCAAUCACGCGUCACAUAUAACUCAAGAGUUGUGUGACAAAUCACGUCCUCGCAUUUGAGUUGUCACGCUGUAGCUACAGAGCUUUGCAUAACAUGAAAGCCUUGCGUUUCAGAAGCAAGAUAACAACGUUUUCGUUAAGGUGACCUUUGAAUUUCUUGGCCAUAAAUGAGUUUUUCUCCGCUCAUAAAGUAUUUAUUUACUGAAUUUAUGAAAGAAUCCUAAUUGUUUGCUAGAAAUUUCUGCUUAAACAACCAGUCACUGCCUCACUUAUUUUGCGUAGCGAAUUACAGUAACAGGGAUCUUUUUUUUUCAAGUUUGUGAUCAACUAUUCAAAUUAUUUCUUGAAGGAGUGGUAUCUUUUUUAUACAGGGGUACUAUCGUUGAUUUAAUUUCUCAAAAGAACACACAGUACGGGAUUGAUUAAGGUAGGAUACAUAGAUUUGGUUUAGCUGAAUCUGUGAAUCCUGAAACUUUUAUCCAUCAAAUCUAAACGACGGAGCUUUCUAUUAUAAAUGUCCUAAGCUUCGGAUAAAAAUGCAGAAAAGAUUUGCCGGGAUCUUUUUGUCGUUACUUUUUCCUAAAGAAUGUAAUUAUCGUGUUUUUAGAGCAUUAGGAUGAUAUAUAUCGGAAAUAUCAUUCUUUGGUUUAGUUGACUAAAAUAUUAAGACCAGUUUUCGUGUAAAGCGAAAGGGCAUUUUUUAACCAGCAAAUUUCACAUUAUUUAACUAUAGAGUAAACGAACGGAUUUAGUUCUCUAUGAAAUACCUCAUAUUAAUAUAUUUUUAAAGAAUGCUUUUCGAUUGAAUGUCACUAAAACGAAACCAAAGGAAUCUCAACAACCAAUCAAAGUAAGGAAAAUAUCACGAAUAGCCAAUGAGAGCUUGGGGUAAAAACAAGCAAACUGCUCGAAGCGCGGGAAAAUGCGAGUGACCAAGUCGCGAUUGGGUUCAGUUUUGAAUCUGAUUUGUUGGGAAAGCGGUACCAGUAUUUUUAGACCAAUCACAUCAUGAAAUAAAGCAGAGACAAAAAAGCCCGGAUUACUUUCGACAUCCAAUUGAAAAUUGCUCUAAUGCUAUUUCUGUGUAGAAGGUGAUGUGGAUUUGUAAAUAGUGUUGAUUCUACUCGAUGCUUGAUCAGUUAAAUAUUUUCAGAGCUUUAAGCUUGUAGAUUUUAAGUAACUCUAUGCACUUGUUAAAAUUGAAGUGGGUGAGCUGGUUAAAAUUAUUGUAGAUAUAAAUUAUUCUGGUGCUACAAGUCUCAGACGGAUGAUUAAAACGCAUAUUUUGUGAAAUAACAUCGUGCCUCUCAAUCUUUGAUUUCAAAGGGAAGAUGGUGUUUGGUUAAGUAAUGAUGAUUGUAGUGGAUGAGCUAAACGGGAAAAAAUGGGCCCGGGGGACUUCAUAACCGAGAGCAAAUAUUUUCCCGUCCGACCCGAUCUUAAUCAGUCUAUAGGCGUUUUAUAAUAUGGUUUUUGCUCUUUCUCGUUCUUCUUUUCUUAGUUCAGCUCACAUCUCGCAAGGCCGCACGCCAAAUUAUCGUACUUUAUUGACAAGGAGACGUGUAACAGCGAGAGAGGAGAAAAAACAAUCAGAUUGCGCGCGGCUGUAUCACAUUCAUUUGGCUCGUUCGGAUACAUUUUAAAAAUGCAACUUUAUUAUUACGGUUGGACUUUCCGUCAACAACGAUUCGCAUGAAUUGGCCCCUCGGAAACAGGACUACCCGCUUUUAAAGUAGUUAGAGCUACAAACGCCGAAUUGGCGUUUCAUCUUGGACGGAAAACAUUUCGUACUUUUUUUACGUUUCGGUGGUAUGAUUAGACAUGGCCUACAUUGUACAUGCCUUUGGGCCAAGAGAAUAUAAGUUUAUAUUCUCUUGCCUUGGGUGCCUUCAAAUGAUUCUGCCAUCGGUCUUUCCUGAGUUAUGAACGGAAAUCAUUGAUUCGUUUUCUGGUGUGGAAGGAAACUGUUUUGUUUCAAAAGGGAGAGCGCUCUCCAAAGUUCCCUGACACAGACUGGAGUUAAGCUAGUGUGAGCUUUAUUUAACACUGUUAACACUGAACAAAUGAACGUAACUGCCGGGAUACAAUAUCAUUUCACCACUAAUUGUUCUUUGUUUAGAAGAAAAGAAUCUAGCGUUGCUACGUUUAUCAAAACAACAACAAAGAAGACCUGUCUUUUCAUCCAAGACAAGUGUAUCUGAGAAUGAUUAAAGGCGCUGACUCAUGGUAGAUUGACGCAAGUUUAAGAAUGUCGGUAUAAUAUAGGUACCAAAUUGUUUGGUUAGUUUCCCGUAGUUUCACAUUUGAAAGCAAUUACCGUGAAGUCAACAUACUGGUAAGUACGAAUACGAAAAUGCUUUUGUAAGUCUUGCUUGACUUAUGAACCAUUCACACCAAAGCUUAAACAUGUUUAAAGCUGUUUUGUUAAACACGGUGUAAAAUUAUUUUCUUUCAUAGAAGCUGCUUAAACCAAUGUUUGUCGACCUGAAAUUUAGCAUAUUUAAAAUACAAGUCAGUGAUUAUAUGAAUUCUAAGAAAAACUCAGCUUUUCAGUUCUCAGUGUCUGAUUUUCAUCUAGAUACACCUGGUUUAACUGAACAUAUUUUUUACUGGUUUGAAUGGGGUAUUACUUUGCCAUGAAGGCGAAUUUUAGUGAUAUUAUGCCGGUGAGUAAAGUUCUUACAGCAAGGCCUGACUGCUAUUUGGUAAACUUUUGUCUCGAGUCCUUCUGGCCUCUGCCUUUUUGUACCAACAUCGUAAAAGUCAUUUUAAGACCACUUGUACGAAGCCUUUUCCGUCACACGUCCUAUGAUGUCCCUCAACAUCAAAUACAAGAGUUGUUGUAAUACUACCAUAUUGUGGUGUAUUGAACUUAAACAAUCUUUUCGAUGCUGCCGUUUGACAGGAGGUCGCGAAACUGUUCCGAGCUUCAUAAGUAGUGUUCAUUCCUUAUAACUCAUCUUCUUUGGCUGGUGAAGUCUUUUUAAAGAUUUCAGUCCAGUCCAAGUUUCUGAGGAAAACGGAUUUUUUAUUUAUUAGGGGUAAUUCUAAGCGCGCUAAAAAAGCUCAAUAUCGCAGUAGUUUAGCUGCACUGUGAUGUUUCUAAUAUUGCAACCUGCUUGCAGUAAUAUUUCUGAUGUUGCAACCUGCUUGAGACAAUAUUUUUUAUAUUGCAGUGGGCUCGCUAUUAAUUGCUUGGUACUGUUUCUUGCUGAGUGAUUUGUGAAAAUUCUUGGAUGCCAUUGUGUAUUAUUGAUCUGAACUCGGAAAGGUUUUUAGAGUAAAUUAACAGACCGCAUGCAAAGUAUCAUUCAGGGAGACGGAUAGAAGCAAAUGUUUUUGAAUUGUGAUGAGUGCACACCUCACAAUGACAAUAUUUCUUAAUUUUUUGAAAAAAAAAAUCUUGGCACGUAUUUCUCCGCCCAUUUUCGACGACUUGCGUCAGAUAUACCCAACUUCCUUCUUAUCUUUAAUCGCACCCAAAUUACGCAAUUGCUUUCUAAAUCUGUUUUCUCCCGAAGAAGGGAAAAUGCAAAGAAAACUAUUCUUAGUCGUUCAAAAAUGAGAGAAAACGAAAAAAGCCAGAAGGUUUAAUAAACUUCAACAAAAGCAGCAUUCUCCGACCUCUAGGGAUAGGGCAAUGGAAAGAGAUUUCAAAUUUUUACCUCUACUUUACAUUACAUGCUAAUUUAAUUGUUGGUACACCAAAACGUUGAUGUCAUGCAGAAAGAAAACAACAUAAUUUUUAUAAUAGAUAAUUACUUCGACUCAAGUAUCAUUGGAGAGAACGCUAUGACUGUGAGCCUCAGUGAUCAUCCAGUAAACAUUCACGGCAAAUUAACCUAAUGUAUGUAAGUUACAUGCGGGUUCAGGGUUCCCUGCUGAGGGAACUGCCCUUUUUUAUCGCCUGGGGGGAGGGGUGGAGGAUUUUUGGGAUCACAUGGUUUUCAGAGGAAACGGAAGGGGGUGAGUCGUUGCCAGCAGAAUAUAAAGAGGGAGAUGUGGAAAAUUGACUGCCAAUUAUCUGCCAAUGACAGGGAAAUCAAAAGAAUAUUACAGAGCCUUAUGGGGAUUGGGAAAUUUUGUCGUCACAAGAUCAAAAUCCCCCAAACCAACCCCAUCUCACCGCCAAGUGAUGAAUAAAGACAGGUCCUAAGGAAGAGCUGUGAUUGUCAUUUUCGUUGAAUUUUCUGCGCGAUCGGAGGCAGUCGGGAAACUAACCAAAGUAUAAAACAAUUUCAACGUCAAGCGUCAAGCUCUUCACCAACGUUGGACCCAAAAUAGAAAAGUUUAAAGGAGAUGUGUACCCGUGAAGCCAUAUUAACGUCCAUCCGCCAUUACGAAAUAAAUAUGUGCAAUUGAUGUAUACCAUAUAGAAAAAUAACGGUUUCGCGUGCGCUGAUUGGCUAGUUCAUUCUCUGAAUGAGUACUGAGUAGUAAGAUAAUAAUCCCAAAACUGCCUGGUAUCUCUUGUGCAACCGAUAAUGUCUGUCACCAACUUUGAAAUCAGUCGCUAAUUCCUUUAACCCAUUAUUUGGUUUAAGUUACAGUUUUUCUGCCAGAUCGCAGCCAACAGUAAACCUCAAAGGAAGUCGCCAUACCUGUUACCAGAAAAAACAUUAUCAUGAUCUGCGCGUGCUGUUUGACCUCCGAAGAUUCUUCGGAAGACCCGUAUACCGAGACAGCACCCGCCACUAGUAUUGAAAUUAACGAGAGAACCAAGGAAGCAUCAGAAUAUGAAGAGUUAGCGAUGGUGUUCUGCUCUCGUGGUGAAACCGCUGAAGCUAGAGAAUAUUUCGAAAAAGCUCUUGCGAUCAAAAUUGAAAUCGGCGACUCAGAAAGUACAGCUAUGUACUACGUAAAUUUAGGAACUGUGUGCAGGUUCAUUGGAGAAUACGCCGAGGCUAAAGAAUAUUACGAAAAAGCUCUUUCCAUCGCAACUGAAAUUGGCGACAAAGAAGUAGAAGCAUUAUGUUAUCGAAACUUGGGAACUGUGUGCUUUUUCCUUCGUAAAUGUGUCGAGGCUAAAGAACACACUGAAAAAGCGCUUGCGAUUAGAAUUGAAAUUGGCGAUAGAUCGGGUGAAUCAGCAGAUUACGCAAACUUAGGAAUGAUCCAUAAGUCGCUUGAAGAAUAUGUCAGAGCUAAAGUAUGUCUCCAAAAAGCACUUGAAAUCAAAAUUGAAAUUGGCGACCGGAAAGGAGAAGCAACAGAUUGCGGAAAUCUUGGUACUGUGUUCAGCUCACUUGGCGACCAAGUCAAAGCUCAGGAGUACUUUCAGAAAGCACUCGCCAUUGUGAUUGAAGUUGGCGACGAAUCAGGAGAAGCAACAGUUUGCGAAAACUUAAGUGCGGUGUUAUGUUUGCUCAGUGAAUACGCCAAGGCGAAGAAAUAUCAAGAAAAAGCACUUGGGAUCAGAAUCAAAAUCGGCGACAGAGACGGUGAAGCGAGGAAUUACGGAACCCUUGGAAUUGUAUGUAGGUCGCUUGGUGAACUCACAAAGGCUAAAGAUUAUCUCGUAAAAGCAAUUGCCAUCAGGAUUGAAACUGGCGAUAGGAAAGGAGAAGCAACAGAUUACGCAAACUUAGCAACGGUGGCUUGGUCGCUCGGCGAAUACGAUAAAGCUAAAGAAAACAUCGAACAAGCACUUGUGAUCAGUACUGAAAUCGGCGACAGAGAAGGAGAGUCAUCAUAUUACUUAUUCUUAGGAACUGCAUGUCGGUCGCGCGGUGAAUACAUCAGCGCUAAAGAAUUUUUUGAGAAAGGGCUUGCCCUAAGCAGGGAAAUUGGAGACAAAAAAGGAGAAGCAACAAAUAGUGGAAACUUAGGAGGUGUAUUUUUUUGGUUAGGUGAAUACGUCAAGGCUAAAGAAUAUCUAGAAAAAUCCCUAGUGAUCAGAAUUGAAACUGGUGACAAAACAGGUGAAGCAUCAGAUUGUGGAAACCUAGGAACGGUGUUUUGGUGGCUGAAGGAUUAUGUCAAGGCUAAAGAUUAUCUUUUAAAAUCAGUUGCCAUCAGAAUUGAAACUGGCGACAGAAGAGGAGAAGCAUCAGAUAACAGAAAGUUAGGAACUGUAUGUAGGUCGCUUGGUGAGUACGUCGAGGCUAAAGAAUUUCACGAAAAAGCCCUUUCUAUUGGAACUGAAAUUGGCGACAGAAAUGAAAAGGCAUCUGACUUCAGUGGUAUUGCGGGUGCGUCAAGUAGACACUUUGAGGCGGAAGAAUAUUGUGACAAGCCACUUGCGAUUAAAACUGAAACUAAUGGCAGAGGCGAAGAAGCAUCAGAUUACGAAAGCUUAGGAAAUUUGAAUUGCUUGCUAAGUGAAUUUGCCAAGGCUGAAGAAUGUUUCGAAAAAGCCAUUGCGAUCAGAGUUGAAAUCGGUGACAGAGAAGGAGAAGCGUCAAAUUACGGUAACUUAGGAACUGUCUUUGAGACGCUUGGUAACUACGUCAAGGCUAAAGAAUAUCAAGAAAAAGCACUUGCUGUCAUGAUUGAAAUCGGCGACAAAUCAGGCGAAGCAACAGCCUACGGAAAUUUGGCAACAGUGUUGUGGUCAAUAAGUGACUACAAAAUGGCUAAAGAAUAUCAAGAAAAAGCGCUUGCAAUCAGAAUUGAAAUUGGUGACAGAAAGGGAGAAGCAGCGAGUUACGGAAACUUAGGAACAAUUUUCAUUUCGCUCGGUGACCAAGUGAAAGCACAAGAAUAUCUACAAAAAGCUGUUUCCCUCAGAAUUGAAAUCGGUGACAGAGAAGGAGAAGCAACAGAUUAUGGAAAUUUAGGAACUAUGUUUCAAUUUCUUGGUGAAUACGACAAGGCUAAAGAGUGCAUGGAAAGAGCACUGGCCAUUAAAAUCGAAAUCAGCGACAGAGCAGGCCAAGGGAUAGAUUACGGAAACUUAGCAACGGUGUACACCUCUCUUGGCGACUACGUCAAAGCACGAGAAUAUCUCCAAAAAGCCCUUGCGAUCAGAAUUGAAAUUGGCGAUAGAAAAGGAGAAGCAUCAGAUUACGGAAACUUAGGAACUGUGUUUCAUUCGCUCGGUGAAUACGCGGAGGCGAAAGAAUAUAUAGACAAAGCACUUGCGAUUAAAACUAACAUUGGCGACAGGAGAGGAGAAGCAUCAGAUUACGGAAACCUAGGAAAGGUCUAUAUCUCUCUUGGCGACUACGUCAAAGCACGAGAAUAUCUCCAAAAAGCCCUUGCGAUCAGAAUUGAAAUUGGCGACAGAAAAGGAGAAGCAUCAGACUACGGAAACUUAGGAACUGUGUUUCAUUCGCUCGGUGAAUACGUGAAGGCGAAAAGAUAUUUAAACAAAGCACUUGCAAUCAGAACUGAUAUUGGAGACAAGAGAGGAGAAACAUCAGAUUACGAAAACUUAGGAACCGUGUUUAACUCGCUUGGUGAUUACGCUAAAGCUAAAGAGUAUUUCCAAAAAGCACUUGCCAUCACAAUUGAAAUUGGCGACAGAUCAGGUGAAGCAACGAGUUACGGAAACCUUGGAACCCUAUUCAACUCGCUUGCUGACAACUUCAAGGCUAAACAAUGUUUCGAAAAAGCACUAGCAAUCAGUGUGGAAAUUGGUGAUAGAGGAAAAGAAGCAACAUUUUACGGAAAUCUCGGAGCUACUUUUAACUUGAUUGGUGAAAAUUUCAAGGCUAAAGAAUAUCUCCAAAAAGCAAUCGCCAUGAAACUUGAAAUUGGUGACAGAUCAGGUGUAGCAGCAAGUUACGGAAACUUAGCAGCCAUGUUUAGCUCGCUCGGUCAGUACGUCAAGGCUAUAGAAUAUCAAGAAAAAGCACUUGCCAUCAGAAUUGAAAUCGGCGACAGAAAUGGAGAAGCGUUUUCUUACGGAAACUUAGGAACUGUGUUUAGCUCACUUGGAGAACACGCCAAGGCCAAAGAAUAUCACGAAAAGGCGCUUUCCAUCAGAACUAAAAUUGGCCACAGAGCAGGUGAAGCAACAGAUUACGGAAACUUAGGAACAGUGUUUCACUCGCUCGGGGAAUACGUCAAGGCUAUAGAAUUUCAAGAAAAAGCACUUGCCAUCAGAAGUGAAAUUGGCGACAGGAAAGGAGAGGCAUUUUGUUACGGAAACCUGGGAACUGUGUACCACUCGCUUGGCGACAUACUCAAAGCACAAGAUUAUUGCAAGAAUGCGCUCGCCAUCAGAAUUGAAAUUGGUGACAGAGAAGGGCAAACAGCAGAUUAUAUAAAUCUAGGAAACAUUUUUAGAUCGCUCGGUGAUUUUAAAGUUGCGGAAGAAUGUUUGGAAAAGGGAUUGUCCAUAUCCAGAGAUGUUGGAUGUAGUAGAGCGGAGAUGAAAAUCCACCUUGGAUAUGCACUGCUUCAACUUUCUCAAGACAGACUCCAAGAUUCGCUUCUUUCUCUCCAUCAAUGUAUUGAAAAAUAUGAAAUGUUGCGUAAGCAUCUUGGAAUGAAUGAUCAGUUUAAAACAUCGAUUUUGGAGGUUAGUGGUGCAAUUCCUUACGCGAUGUUCAGCGUGUUGCUUUCAGUCAACGGAAAUCCUCGCGAUGCGCUUUAUGUUGAAGAGCUAGGGCGAGCGAGAGGCCUGGCAGAAUUGAUGACAGAAAAGUACUCUGUUGAAACGCACACGUCCGCUGAUCGACAGUCGUGGUCUGGAAUUGAAAACAUUAUGAGAGAAGAAACAAACAGUGCCUGUCUGUACAUUUCCUAUUUUCAAAAUUUUGUGCAUUUGUGGGUCUUGAAAGCAAGUGGAGCCAUUCAUUUCAAAAGAGUAUCAGCCGACAAGGUCUUUGUUCAGUUGGGAUUUGCCGCAGGCUUGACUGUCAGUCAAUUUUUAACUAAUUCGAGUUUCAGACAGAUUGGUGUUUUGCCAGCUAAAGAUUGCGAAGAUCGAUCUUUGAAUGUCGGUGAGCCACAAUCAAUUUCAUUUAAGCAAGAGAACUCAACGGCAUUGCGACUUAUGGAGGAAGACGACGAAAAUUUCACAGAAGAAAAUACCAGUUUGUCAUUAUGCUACAAAAUCUUUGUCGCCCCAGUGGUUGACUUACUCGAGGAGUCUGAAGUCAUCAUUGUACCUCACAGAAGCUUAUGCAAAGUUCCAUUUGCUGCCCUGAGUGUAGAGGGUACAUUUCUGUCGGAAACUCAUAGAAUCCGUACAAUUCCCUCAUUGACGACACUGAAACUAAUUCAAGACAGUCCGGUGCACUAUCAUAGUCAGACUAAUGCACUGAUUGUGGGUGAUCCCAAAGUUGGCUGGGUCAUGUUCAAGGGAGGUAUUCAGUACAUCACCUCAUUACCUAAUGCAAGGAAAGAAGCAGAGAUGAUUGGACGACUGAUGGGCGUAAAGCCUUUAUUAGGAGAGCAAGCGACGAAGCAGGCGGUAAUCGAGAAGAUAAUAUCAGUGAGCCUAAUACAUUUUGCUGCACAUGGCGAUGCUGAAAGAGGAGAAAUCGCCCUUUCCCCAAUUCGUAAUCCUGACAGUCCUGAUAUCACCCCACAAGAAGAAGAUUACCUGUUAACGAUGGCUGAGAUAUCACAAGUUAAAGUUAGAGCCAAACUGGUUGUACUCAGUUGCUGUCACAGUGGAAGUGGACAGAUCAAAGCCGAGGGAAUAAUCGGAAUUGCUCGUGCGUUCUUAGGAUCCGGUGCUCGGUCGGUGUUGGUUGCAUUAUGGGCCAUAUCAGACACAGCAACAGAACAGCUCAUGAAUCGUUUCUAUGAACAUCUUGCUCGUGGAGAUAGCGCCAGUGAAUGUCUUUACCAGGCC